AUGUUAAUUAUUAAUUCCCUAUUUCUUGUUAAUACAUCUUCUCAAUUAGUUAAAGGAAUUCAUUUUGAUCGGAUUAUAACAAUUGUGUUAGGAAAUUCCAAUUAUGAAGAAUCUAUGAAAGAUCCUUACUUGGUUUAUCUUGCCAGUCAAGGAAUAUUACUUUCAAAUUAUCAUGCAAUUUGGCAUCCAUCUCAACCUAAUUAUAUAGCAAUGAUUCGGUCUUCAAAAAGUGGUGUACUUACAGAUUUUAAUCAAGACGUAGAAGGUGCUUCACUUCCAGAUUUAUUGGAAGAUAAAGGAAUUUCAUGGAAGGCUUAUAUGGAAAAUUAUCCUGGGUAUGGAUUUAGCGAUAGUCAAUCUUUUGAUAAACUUUAUGUCCGAAUGCAUAAUCCGUUUAUUUCAAUGAAUCAAAUUCGAACGAAUUCUUCAAGAUAUAUUUACAUAGUAAAUGCAGAUACAUUGAAGAAAGAUAUUGAGGACGGAACUGUUCCACAAUAUGUUUUUUAUUCACCCAAUGUAAUCAAUAGUGGACAUGAAACAAACGCAAAUUUUGCCAGCAAAUACUUGAAUAAUACAUUUAUUCCAUUAAUCGAACCAUUGUUAAUUAAUUCUAGGACUCUAUUAGUUAUAACAUUUGAUGAAUCAUCUGCAUACUUUGAUAGUUUAACAAACUAUAAUCAUAUUUAUACAGUCCUUUUAGGACCAAAUGUAUUGAAAUCAUUGAAACAUGAAGACAGUGAUCGAUAUGAUCAUUAUAGUUUUGUACCAACUAUUGAACAAAAUUGGAAUUUAUCAACUUUAGGAAGCGGGGAUGAUACAGAAUCAACACCAUUUGGAGAUGGAUUAUUUUUAGAUGUUAGUAGUUAG